AUGAUCGAAGGCUCGCUCAAAAAGAAAAUCAUCGGGCUGUGCCCGGAGCGGGCCCCGGCGUCGGUGGACGCUGCGGCUUCAGUCGCAGCUGACCGUAUUGCGGGAAACCGCCGGUCCGAACCCACGCAUGACGGUGCCGUUCGCAGCCGCUACGGCUCCCCUCCCGUCUGGGCCGAGGUUGCGUCGGGCUCCAGUGCUCGUGCCCACGCGCAGCGCAUCGGGCGGGAGGCGAUCGAAGGGGAGCGCGUGGGCGGCGGCGGCAGACGGCACGCCGUAAGGGAAGGGGAGCCGCAACGGCGCAGCGGCAGCGGGCAGACGGUGGCGUCAGCGUCUCAAGCAGAGGAGCUGCGGGGCUUCUGCAGUGAUCGCGCGGCGGGGGUCUCCUCUGCUGGCAGCGAAGGCGUCGCCACGGCACCCUGCGCUGGCGCGGGCGAGGAGCUUGCUGCUGCGCCCGACUAUGCGACGCACCGGAUGGCGGCAAUCGCGUCGGCGCUGGCGCAGGGGGGCGGUGGGUCGGCGGCGCUGCAGCAGGAGCUGCAGCACGCGCUCGCGUGGCAGGCGACGCGCGGCCAGUACCCUCCCCCGCCGGCCAUCUUCGGCCAUGCCUCCGGGCUCGCGCAGGCGCAGCUCACGCAGGCGCAGCUCGCCUACCCCGACGGCGGCGUGGCCGGAGGCCUGCUCUACGCUGGCAGCGGUGCGUCGCUCGGAGUGCCUCCCCCGACGGUGAGUCAGCUCGCGAGCCCAGUCGUGUACGGCUUCGCGCCGCCCGCGCCGGUCGUGUACGGAGUCUUGGCGAUGCAGCCCGCAGCGGCACUCUUCCUCGCGCCCGACGUCGCCGGCCACUCCCUCUCCGCCAUGCAGCGCCCUCCCGCGCACGGCCUCGCCGGUGCGCCGUACCCCGAACCGUACCCCGGGCUGGCCGAGCACUCGCCGCUGCCGCAGAUGGUGCCAGACACGCCGUCGCUGGAGGCGCUGCUCUCGUCGCCGCGCUGGGCGGGCUUGGUCGAGGCCGAGUUCCACUCGCGCGGGGAGCGAGACUACUUCGAGCAGAUGGACCGCCAGUCGGGCCACAUCGCCUCGGUCAUCCCGCGCGCGCGCGCAGCGGGCCUCACGCACCUCCUGCACAUCGACGACGACGAGCUCGUCUACUGCGCCGCCGGGCUGCCGCCGCUCUUCCGCCUGCUGUCGGCGGCGGGCGUCGAGCGGCCGAACGUGCACAUGCAAAACGUCGAGGCGCUGCUGCCCGCGCCGGACUGCGACAACCCCUUCGCCGCCGUCCGCUCCUUCCGCCACUUCCCGACGCAGUAUUGCUCGUACACCAACGGAAAGUCGUUUGGCGUGCUCGCCGCCGCAGGCCUGCGCUCGCACGGUCCGCACCACUUCCGCUCCGCCGCGACGUGCGGCGGCGGCGGCGCUGGCUCGCUCGACCUGCCUGCGGGCGUGGCGGUGGUGCUGCACUACGAGAGCGCGACGUAUGCAAAGUGGCGCACAAAGUACCUCGAGCUCGCGCGGCGGCACGGCGAUGCGCCCGAGGUGCUCUCGCGUGUGCCCUUCGCCUUUUACCGCCAGUCGCUCUCGAGCGCGCGCAAGCUGCUGCACGCCGAGGCCGAGGUGCGGCUGCGCACGCCGGCAGCGGCCGAGCGGAUGCGCGCCGCCGAGGAGGGCGCGGUGCGGCUGUGGUCAAAGUGGAAGGGCAUCACGAGGCUCUCGCCCGGCGGCGUGACGGCCUCGCCGGGCCGAGCGGCGCCCGAUGGGUAG